AUGUAUAAUAGUAGAGGUGUAGCAUUGCACUCUGAAUUGAUCCAUAGAUGGAAUCACACAUUUUCCAUCCUAUCCAUUGUUGCAUUUCCCAAAAAGAGACUACUGUUUGCUGGGAGCCAGGAUUCUAAAAUCCUGGUAUUUGAUCUUCCCACGUAUAAUCUAAUUCACACGAUUAGACUGGGAGAAUCGCAAGAAGAAACGCACACUAGGUCAUCUGUGUUGUGUUUAACAAGAUCUGAAGAUGAAAACUUUUUAUUCUCUGGUGGUGCAGAUUCCUUGGUGAGGGUCUGGUCCAUUGGUGAAAAGGCUAUCAGAGAUGACUUUCUGCUUGUUACGGAAAUAGCUACGGUCUAUUCAGUGACAGAUAUUGGCGAUAUCUUCUCAUUGGCAUAUUUGGAUUCGUUGGAAACUAUUGUGUUUGGCUGCCAAAAUGCAAGCUUACUGUAUGUGGAAAACUUGAUGCAGAAAAUUGAGAAAACAUCAUCUGAUAGAGUAGAAAAUAUCAAUAAGCUACCACAUAGAAGAUACGAUAAGUUUUUUGAUUCGUUGGGUCCAACUGGAUGUAGCGCAAAUUCGCUCUCCCAAUCUUCAUUAGCCUCUUUACAGGAAAACUGUGGCGCCGCCAUCAUCGAGGUCCCUUCAGAAAACAUUAUUAAAUAUGCGCAUUAUGGGUUUGUUUAUUCCAUUAAUAAGCUGUGCCCCAGGUUCAACCAACUAUUGGAGAAAAAUUCUCAGACUUUCGGUUUGGAACAUAUAAUUUCAUCUGCUGGUGAUGGUAUAAGUAAGCUUUGGGAGUUUUCUAGGGACGAGAAGCACGAUGUUGUUAAGGUUUCUUUGGUAAACGAUAAAAUCGACAACGAAGAUAGUGUCAUUUCCCAAACCAUAGAAUUCCCAUUCUUAUAUUGCGGUUUAAGUGAUGGGAUUUUGAAAAUUUGGGACUUGAAUACUCAGCAAUUAAUAUCUACUUUAAAAACAAAGGACGAGUCGGAUAUCAUUUCUAUAUCUGUUUACAUGGAUCAUAUUUUUGCCAUUGAUGAAUCAGGGAUCACUCAUUUUUACCAGAAUCAAGUUAAUCACUGGAAUCCACAACAGGGCAAAAUACUAAGCUCAGAGAUUUUUAGCAAAUCAGCAGAAUCUGUUAGUUUGCUAACGGGUGGAAACGAUGGGUCAUUAACUCUCUGGGACCUGACGUCGUUGCUAUCUGCAGUUCCUCUCUCGGAUGCUUCGAAAAUCAAUGCAUCUUCUACACGACGCACCUCCAAUGCGUGGGCCGUUUACCAAACGGCUUCUUUGAAUAAUGAAGAAAUGCUAAACACACUAAGAGAGCUCAUCUCCUAUCAAACGGUGUCUCAAAGUAAAGACACUGCAAGUAUGUUGUCACUAAGACGUUGCGCAAUUUAUCUACAACAAUUAUUUUUGAAAUUUGGAGCUACGAACGCCCAAUUGUUUCCCUUACCUGAUGGCGGUAAUCCUGUUGUAUUCGCAUAUUUUCAAGGUAAUGGGAAACAGGAAAAGGGUUCUAAGAAAAAACGUAUACUGUGGUACGGUCAUUACGACGUAAUAUCCUCUGGAGAUACUUUUAAUUGGAAUACCGACCCAUUUACUUUAACUUGCGAAAACGGAUAUCUAAAAGGACGUGGUGUGUCAGAUAAUAAAGGCCCAUUGGUAAGUGCUAUUCAUAGUGUGGCACAUUUGUUUCAACAGGGAGAGUUAGUCAAUGACGUUGUAUUUUUAGUGGAAGGAAGUGAAGAAAUUGGGUCCGCCAGUUUGCAACAAGUUUGUAAAAAAUAUCAUGAUAUUAUUGGCAAAAAUAUUGAUUGGAUCCUGUUAAGUAAUUCCACUUGGGUUGACCAAGAACAUCCGUGUUUGAACUAUGGACUAAGAGGAGUUAUCAAUGCUCAAAUAAAAAUCUGGAGUGAUAGGCCAGACGGCCACUCAGGCCUUAAUGGCGGUGUCUACGAUGAGCCAAUGGUUAACUUGGUCAACAUUGUAUCUAAACUACAAAAUGAGCAAAAGGAAAUUCAGAUUCCUAAUUUUUACUCACCAUUGAAAGAUUUGACUGACGAUGAACUCCAAAGAUUCCAGAAAAUCACUGAGCUUGCGAAUAUCGACGAGAGCAUCACUGUUCAAGAUCUGAUUACAAAUUGGUCAAAGCCUUCAUUAUCUAUGACAACUGUCAAAUUCAGUGGCCCUGGUAAUAUUACAGUAAUACCCAAGAGUGUCACUAUGGGCAUCUCCAUUAGGUUGGUUCCGGAGCAAAGCGUCGAGCAAGUGAAACAAGAUCUUAAGGCAUAUUUACAUGAGAGUUUCAAGCAGCUAAACUCUCAAAACCACUUAGAGAUAAAAGUUUUGAAUGAGGCAGAAGGUUGGUUGGGCGACCCAACAAAUCAUGCAUACCAAGUGUUAAAGGAUGAAAUUACCACUGCAUGGGAUGCGGAACCAUUACUGGUAAGAGAAGGAGGUUCUAUUUCCUGUUUGAGGAUGUUGGAAAGGAUAUUCGACGCUCCAGCAGUUCAAAUACCAUGUGGUCAAUCUACUGACAAUGGCCAUUUAGCCAAUGAAAAUCUAAGGAUCAAAAACUGGUCCAAUUUAACUGAGAUUUUGUCUAAAGUCUUCAACAAGCUGUAA